AUGGGAGCUCUGAUGCUCGGUGGCGCAAUCGCUUCGGGAAAGUGUAGCCUCUCCCCAAGCACAACAUGGAUCAGUACGGGAGCUCCAAUGAGAGGGAGCAUGGGCUCGGACUAUCUUCAAGGUUCGUGUGACGGCGUAACCAACCGGGUCAUGGAGAAGCUGGCCAAUGUAACAGGACGAUGUCCCGUAAGUGCUGCCGUCCGGUCCCUCGCGUACGAACACGGCGAUUACGCUUCGGUAAAGCUGAAUAGAGCGUACAAGGAAGCACAGGAGGUUUACCGGACUCAUGUGAAAGCGGCAAUGUGCAGCUAUAAGCACAGCGGAUUGAUCUCUAGCUAUCAGUGGCAAUUUUGGCUUCUUGGCAAGGUGGUUCCUCACAAUUCUCCUCAAAACGAUGGCAUGGUGGAGCUCCACAGCUGCGCUGGAGGCUUCCCGGAAUCGAGGUUUGACACAAAUUACCGAGAACCAUUUUACGUGACGAAACUCAACCAUUUCGACGUGGCAUUUCAGAGUGGCGAUGCACUUUUGGAUGAAGCGAAAAUGCCGAUGAAGUGGUUCGAGUGUCUUCUGUAG